AUGGCGUCCCGUCUCCUGACGACCCGAUCCAAAACCCUAACCCGCAUCCUCNCCGCUUCCUCCUCCUCCUCCUCCUCCUCCUCCCUCUUCUCCUCCACUUCGGCCCCGAUCGAUCCCCUCCGCCUCUCCUCCCCUCUCCUCCGAUCCCACUCCUCCUCCUCCGCCGCCGCCGCUGCCGCAGCCGCCGGAGGAUCCGCUCCGCCGUCCCCUUCCCCUACGCUCGAUUCCUCUCGGAACCCUCUCUUUCGCCCCCCAAAGAUUUUGGAGAACAAGCUGACAUCUCCAUUUUACUCAUUUACUUCAUCAUACGACAGUGCACGAGUUUUACCUCGUAAUUUUAGUGUGAAAGCACAGAGUGGGGCAGUGAUGAAUCUAAAGGAGAACAUUGACUCACAGACGGUGAUUAAACCAGCUGUGGCCGGAGAAUCUGAUCGCCUGCCUAAUAAAAAGGACGGAGGCUCCCCAAAAGUCAUGGCUUUUAGUCCAUUGGAAGGCGCCGUCGUCAAAGCACGAGAAAGCGGGUUGAGUUUUGAAAGCCUCAAGGUAAGGCGAUACGAGCUCUCUCAGAAAAUCACCUACGCUCUCAUUCCCGCGCUGCUUCUCGUGUCGAGGACGGACGUGCUCACUUCUCUGCUAGUCUUCUCGGUCUACUGGCAAAUUCAUGGGUGCUUCAAGGAGAUUUUCCUCGACUACGUCCACCACGAAGUGACCCGCAACUGGGUUCUGAUUUACUUCGCGAUGCUCCUCGUGAUAUUGGCAAAGGACACCAUUGUUUUCUUCAACUUGGUAUGAUGAAGUUGCCAUGGUCACCAAAAGGGCUAAGUUUGGUGUCCUCUUGUUUCUAUGUUGAUGCAGAAUAAUGAUAACAACAAUCUGGGUUGUAAUUUCUACUUUUAGAUGCCCUUUCUUUUCUUCGGAAUGAGAUGGUAGGAACAAAGGAUGAAUGUGAGUUGAAUAAUAUGAAAAGAUCGAUGCGUGUUCCGUAAAACUUUGAUAAUUUUGUGGUGUAUGAACUUUUUUUGUUGCAUCCUUCUCUAAUCC